UCGACCGAUCUUUGAAUUCUGUCACGCACUGCAGAGACAAAGAGAGCAAACCACGGAGCUCUGGAUUUAGUUUGCAGUGCGCGCCGGGAGCAGCAGAGUGGGAGGAGUCCUACAAUGAUCUGUCUCACCGUGACAACCUACAAUCCAGCGCGCUGGGUGCCACGCGCACGUAGCCUAUCCAACCUAUAUAACCAAGGGGUUCAGAGUGAUCGUCAGUAGGCGGACGGAUUUGGUGUUCGCAACAGUUUAUUAUAGGGCAAACCUUUUCACCAGAUAUUUUGCAACUACAGAUUGAUAUAUGAUAAUUGUUUUAAGUCAUGAGGACCUUGCUGUUGAUUAUAUUCUCUAAAUUACUUACUGCUCAGCCGUCACCCACAAUUAGUGUUACCUGUGAGGAAUCAGAAGAUGUGAUACCACCGGAAUGGAUAGAGAUUCCUCAGGCCAGUCCUUCUCUUCUGCUCGCACUCAAAGUUGCUGUUCUGCCUGAAGACUUUGGGGCUAUUCGGCUGAAUAUAAGUUGGGCCAUCAACAUCGACCAAAGCAUUCGCUAUCUCACAGGAACUUGGAUCACUAUAGAUGAUGAUGCAUACCGCUGUCGGUAUGAACCACCUUUCAUAGAAGUUGACCUCAGUGGUCUUGAACAGCUGUGGUUCUAUUACCUUGCACCUGCAGAGCCAGGGCUCCAUCUGGUCAUCACUGCUUACAAUCUUCCGAAUCCGGCAGAUGGCGAAUUUUCCAAGUUUACGACAUGUAAUGUACCGUAUGCGACAAAUGACCACACAGCUGAGUUGAGAAGGCCUACUUCAAACCCCACUGUGAUGCCCAACUCUGUUACCACCCGUAAUGAUGAUGAGGGGAAACCAGCAAGCCUUCUAGUAGUCUAUCUUGGAUGCUUAGCUGGGCUCGUGGCACUGGUGGCCUGCUCUCUCACUCUGUAUCAAAUGUAUGGAAUGCACUCAAAUUCCCACUUCACUGAGCUGCCGAAGGCAACUGAGGUCACUGUGUCGGUGCUGGUGGUGUACCCUGCAGAAAACCCUGUCUUCCAGAGAGCUGUGCUAGCUUUUGCUGAGUUCCUCCAGUGGCAUGGUGGCUGCCAGGUGGCUAUCGACAUGUGGCAGCAUGGCAGGCUGGCAGAGCAGGGCCCGAUGCGCUGGCUAGCAGAUCAAGCAAAAUCCGUAGCCAGGGUGAUGGUUGUAAGCCCGCAGCCCAACCACUGCCACACUGGCCCAGGGGAACACACAGUACCAGCCGCGGCUCAUGACCUGUUUCCUCUGGUGCUCAAUAUGGUGGCAAGCCACGCUCAAAGCCCCAACGAGCUGGCCAAGUUCUGGUUGGUGCACCUAGGCAAGGCCCCGGAGAGGAGCGGCCUACCUGUGGAAUUGACAUCCUGUAGGGAAUUUAGUCUGAACAGGGACUUGGAGAAACUCUGUAGACACUUGCAUCAGCAGGGCUCCAGAAGACCAGGGUUAAUGUUCAGAUCAGGGUUGGCCUAUGGGGAGAAGGCGACAGGGAAGCUGAAGGAGGCUGUGCAGCAGUUAGAGGCAUGGCAAUGCUCUCAGCCAGGAGGUGCAGGGGAGGGAGCUUCUUUGACCAAAUUGAUAGCUAGACUGUAAGAACCUGAUGAUCCUGGUGUGAUGACAAACCCAGAGCUUAAAUAGUAAUAUGAAAAUAAUCUAAGUAAAAACUCUCUUUGACCACUUAUAGAACAAUGGGACUGCAAAAAUGAGGGCAUGCUAACUUUUCUCACUUAGCUUUAAGAUUACUUUUUAAAUAGUUUAAUAUGUUAUCUUUCAUCAAAUGUUUCUGUUUUGGAAAUGAAACAAGUAUUCUAUGGCGUUGACAUUUUUUAUACACUUAUUGAAUGUUUUGUUUAUGUAAAUAAAUACUUUAAUCUAA